AUGUUUCUUUGGAAGACAUUCGCAGCUGCAUUACGAUCCAAAUGUGAAGUUGUAUUGAAUGUUGCAUCUAGGGGAAUUGCAUCACUUUUGUUAGAUGGUGGUAGAACUGCUCAUUCAAGGUUUGUAAUUCCAAUCAACAUUAACGAGGAUUCAAUAUGUUUGAUAGAGCCUAAUACUGAAUUAGGUGAUUUAAUUAAAAGAACAACUUUGAUUAUUUGGGAUGAAGCACCUAUGACUCACAAUCAUUGUUUCGAGGCUCUCGAUAGGACAAUGAGAGACAUAUCACGUUCCAGUCAAUCGAACAUAGAAGGCAAGCCUUUUGGAGGAAAGGUCGUUCUAUUUGAUGGUGAUUUUAGACAAAUUCUUCUAGUCAUCCCUAAAGGUACCAGAAGCAUGAUAGUCGAUGCUUCUUUGUAUUCUUCUUAUAUAUGGCAACAUUGUCAAGUACUAAAGCUUAUGAGAUUAAGAGUUGGAUGUAAGCAAACAGAUUUACAAGAAAUAAAGGAAUUUGCAGAAUGGAUUUUAAAGCUUGGUGAUGGUCUCCUUGGUGAUGAAAAUGAUGGUGAGGUAGAUAUUGAAAUUCCAGAUGAUUUACUUAUUCAUGAUCAAGUCAAUCCUAUUUCUUUUCUAAUUUCAUUUACAUAUCUGGAUAUGAAUAAGUGUUUGUGGGAUUUAGCGUAUUUCCAACAAUGA